AUGGCGGAACCAGUUGUCGAGGAGAAUCAUACGCCUCCUCACACUAAUCCUUCUAAAUUCGAUUCUUCCAUCGUGAUCCCUUCUCCUUUUCCAUUCGAUGAUAAUUUCUACAAUUCUAGCUCCGAUCAGGCUUUACUUGAGAAGUCGAUCUCUGAUCUGAGGUUUUUGAUCGACGGCGACGGAGACUUCGAGUUGACUUUUGACACUGUCGACGACCUCUACUUUCCAUCUGAGAACAAAUCGUUCGCAAUUCCUGCUGAUGCUACGAACCGAGAGACGUUCGGCGAUUUUACGCCGUCGUCGAUAAUUUCAGGCGAUUGUGUGUUAUCUACUUCAGGCUACUGCAAUCGGAAAUCGCCUAUGGAUUCUGCUUGCUCCGGUACUGAGCAGAGCUUGAGUUUAUCGACUCAGAAGCUUAAGAUGGAAGAGGAAGCUACUACGACAUCCAUUACGAAGAGGAAAAAGGAGAUUGAAGAAGAUACGAGCGACGAAUCGAGGAACAACAAAUACAGAAGAUCGGAUGCAAGCGUUGUCACAGGUGGUGAAGAAGAUGAUGAGAAGAGGAACGCGAGACUGAAUAGAAACCGUGAAAGUGCUCAUCUAUCAAGGCAGAGGAAGAAACAUUACGUAGAGGAGCUAGAAGAAAAAGCCAAGAAUAUGCAAUCCAUAAUUUCGGAUUUGAACAGUAAGAUGUCUUAUUUCAUGGCCGAGAACGCCACUCUGAGGCAACGAGUAGGUCCCGGAAGUGGCAUGUAUCGGCCAAUGCCUUACCAGUGGAUGCAUGUAUCGGGUCCGGCUUAUAUGGUGAAACCGCAAGGCUCUCAAGUGCCUCUGCUUCCUAUUCCUCGGUUGAAAAAACCACAACAAUCGGUUCCUAAGGCGAAGAAGAGAAAGAAGGUUGCUAGUGUUAGUGUUCUUGGUUUCCUCUUUUGUCUAUUUUUGUUUGCUGCAUUGGCUCCCACUGUGAACUUAAACUAUGGAGGAAUUAGCGGUGCCUUUUAUGGCGAGUAUGAUCAGCUUAGAGGAAGAGUCUUGGAUGUGUCUGUUAAUAGCAAUAGAGUAAACUGUGGAAGAAACGUAUCUGCAAGAGAGAACUCUGUGCCUCGUAGAAAUAGUAGUGAGCCUCUAGUUGCAUCGCUGUUUGUUCCGAGGAAUGAAAAGCUUGUCAAGAUCGAUGGGAAUUUGAUUAUUCAUUCUGUUUUGGCGAGCGAGAAAGCCAUGGCUUCUGAAAAGAAGAUCCAAGGGAAAAGUGUUGCAGCAACUACUAAAGAAGUUUCUUCUGCGUUGCUUGUACCUGACUUCACAAGGCUGAGCGAAAAGCGGAAAGCUAUGUCAUCUUCUAGCUUUGAUGAUAUUUUGAAAGACCAAUCCGAAUCAAGAACAGCUAAUGGUGAAAUGCAGCAGUGGUUUCGUGAAGGUGUUGCAGGGCCAAUGUUCAGUUCAGGGAUGUGCACCCAAGUGUUUCAGUUUGAUGUCUCCUCAGCCUCAGGAGCCAUCAUCCCUGCUUCUCCAGCUACUGAACACUCUAAGAACACUACUGAUACACUCAAGAGAAACUACAACAGAAGAAUUUUCCCUGGUGGUCUUCUGAUAUCCGAUCUCAACCUAACCAAAGACCAAAACAGCUCUAGCAAAGAAAACUUCCGGGAAACCGAUCCCACCCCAUCAACGGUAGUAUCAGUACUUGUUGAUAUCGGAGAAAGUGGUGACGGAGACAUCAAUGUGAAGAUCGGAGGAGCAAAAUCACUGUCCAGAGUUUCCAUAGUCGUGCUUGUGGACGGUGUGAAGUAUGUAACAUACUCCUGCGUUCUUCCACAACCAGAAGUCCCUCAUCUCCUAAACACUUGA